AUGCAGAGGUCCAAGUUAGUUGAAAAACAAAAACAAGUACGUUGUGUGAUCUUUCUUUUGCAUCACAAAUUCUUUCAGGUUCACAUGAACGAUGAUGAAGAAUAUAUAGAAGCUAUUAAAGAAACAAGUAUUUGGUCUUCAGCAAAGUGUCUUCGAAAACUAUUUUGUACGAUAUUACUUUCAAAUAGCAAUAUAACUCCAGAAAAUAUAUGGAAUGCUACUUGGAAAAUUCUAUCAAAAGAUAUAAACAAUACCUCAGAAGAUCCAUGUUUUACUUACUCAGAAGAUCAAACCAAGAGUUUAGCUCAGAUGGAGAUUGAAUCAAUGAUGCGUAUUAAUGGAAGCUCCUUCAUACAUAACAUAUAA